UCGCGGUCGAGGGGGAAAUGUGAAAACGGCGGCGCUGUCGCCGGCCGCCCGCGCACGAUGCAGGCCCUCCUGCGCGCCGCCACCCUGCUGGUGGUCGCUGCGGUGUCGUGGGGGGCGCCCUCCGCGGCCGGAGGAGAAGCUCUGAAAUCACCCCAAAAUGUAGAGGUUUCCAUCAUUGACGACAACAUUACCCUGAAAUGGGAGAGGAGUGAUGAAUACGACAAGAAUGUUACUUUUUCCGCAUAUUAUCAAAUACCUUUGGAGAUUAACUGGACAGAACUACCUGGGUGUCAACACGUUACGACUUUCGAAUGCAGCUUUUCUUCAGAUGCAUUAGAAGAUAUUUAUAAAGAAGUUCAGUUGCGCGUAAGAGCAGAGAAAGGAAGUGAUACUUCUCCAUGGUAUGAAGUUGAUUCAUUUGUACCAUAUAAUGAAGCUCGGAUUGGUCCUCCAGAACUACGUUUAGAAGCUGAAGAUAAAGCGAUAAUAAUUACCAUCUCUCCUCCUGGAACCGAAGAUGAUAACAUGUGGGCUACAGAACGUUUAAUGUUUAAGUAUAAUAUAGUCAUCUGGAAUAGUUCGGGUAUGGAACAAAGUGUUGAAGCGGUUCAUCCCAGAUACAAAAUUUAUAAACUCUCACCGAAAACUACUUAUUGUUUAAAGGUUAGAGCAAUGCUACUUUCAGCAGGAAAAGUUGGUUUCUAUAGUCCAGUAUAUUGCAUAAAUACCACAGUGGAAAAUAAACUGCCUCCACCCGAAAAUGUACAGCUUGAGGUUCUAAAUGAGGACUAUGUUCUUAAGUGGGAUUACCCUAAUGACUCCCACGAAAAGGUGACCUUUCGGGCUCAGUGGCUCUCUGCCUAUAUAAAAAUGCUUCCUGGGCACCACGCAGAGAAAUGGAAAAAAAUCCAGGACUGUGAAAAUGUCAGAACUACCUAUUGUGUGAUCCCACAAGCCGUGUUCCUCAAAGGAAUUCACUUUAUCCGUGUCCAAGCAUCUGAAGGAAAUGCUUCAUCUUUUUGGUCUGAAGAAAAAAAAUUUGAUACUGUCAUGCAAACUGUAAUACUUCCACCAGUCAUUAACAUGAAACCCACUGAUGAUCGUUCAAUGCAUAUCUCUAUCGGUUCCCCAGAAGAUUCUGAAAACAAGUUUGUGGACCAGGAUUACCCCCUAAUUUAUGAAAUUGUUUUUUGGGAAAACUCUACAAAUGCCGAGACGGUGUAUGUUGAGAAAACUGAUUUUACUAUUGAUAAGUUGAAAACGCAGACGGUCUAUUGUGUGAAAGCCAGAGCCCUCGUUGAGGAUGAGAAAUGGAACCUGAGCAGUGUGUUCAGUGACAGUCAGUGCGAGGAAACCAAGCCAGAAACCUCUACAGAGAAUAUGCUUGUAGCUGGAGUUUUCGUUGUAUUACUUAUAGUUCCAGCUCUUACUUUGGUUGUGAAAAUCUUCUGGAAAUAUAUCAGUUUUGUUUAUUUUCCACCACAUAAGCCUCCUUCCACGAUAAAUGAGGAUCUCUCCGAACAGCCGCUCAAGAACCUACUCCUUUCCACUUCGGAGGAACAAACUGAACGGUGUUUUAUAAUCGAAAAUGUAAACAGCGUUACUAUAGUAGAAGACGUUCGUCAGAUCGAUGAGAAUCACAAACAGUACAGUUCCCAGACAAGCGAAGAUUCUGGCAACUAUUCUAAUGAAGAUGAAAAUAAUGAAAAUAAAGCAGAUGAGCCGGAAAGCGAAAACUAACGGUGUAAGUAGAAGCUGUUCUAGUGAAGAUAAAAAUUAAAUUAAAAAAAAAAAACAUGAAAAUAAAGCAAGCGAGCAGAAGAGAAGGAAAGGGUGUCACCAGACCCGGUCUCUAAAAUAUGGGUUUUGCAAGCGCUCCAGGAGGGCAAGUUCCUGGCAAGUACCUGGCAGGUAUUUGCUUGUUAGAGAAGAGAAAGAAAAAAAAAAUAGGUGCAGAUUCCAGGUUCUGAAAAUACAGGCAAAUACUUCGCUGUUUACAGAUGAAAUGACAGAAAUUUGGAGAAAAGGUAUGUACUUUCUUUUGUGUACUCUUGAAAGAACUGAUGCUGACUCAGUCUUGGGUAAGCUGGGUGAAAUCCAGAAGACCCCCUCCUUCUUGAAUGUUCUCUGUAGUUCGUGGCUGGCUGUUGCGUG